AUGUUUCUCGCUGUGAUGAUACUUCUCUCCAUAUCGAUAGCCAUUGAAGGAGACACUAGUGUUCACGAUAAUAAGGAAAUUGUGUUCUAUCCAUUGAGAACCCAUCAACAAUUUGAUAUCCAGAAUAUUCCGACCUAUUUUCUGGAAUCUGCCUAUUUUAAGGCCUAUUUUGAACUCUAUUAUAGUGAGGAUGAUUUUGAUUUAAUAGGAACUCAUCAAUUCCUUUCUGAACAAACACAAGUGAGUGAAUAUCCUUCCAUUAUUAAGAAAAACAAGCUGUUAUUUCAAUAUGGUCUAACAUGGGAUUUGACUAAGGCUCACAUGAAACCAAACACUCAAAAGAAUCAAACAGUUACUCUCAAAUUCUAUCCUCAAUUCAAGUACAACAUUGAUCCUUACUCUGUUAGAGCCUUUUUGAUAAAGCAAAGUGAAAAUUUGGGAAUUCAGACUCAAUUCACUCCACUCUUUCCCGCUUCAGAUGUUGAAUCACCAACAUUAGGUCCUUGGGAAUGUACUUUAUCUCUUCGAAAUUAUAACUUUGAUUUGCCAUUGCAAUUGACAAUAUUUGCUUACUCAGCAGCGAGUAUUGGUUAUGUACCUGGAGAGGUUGUGCCAAUUUACUAUCCAAGGGGUGUUUCAUUCUUCAUGAAAGGUACAUCAAAUCUCAGAUUAGAUGUCAUGUAUGCUAAUGCAACUGUGAUAGAUCCGUAUGAAAGAGAGAGAGCUCCCACACUUAGUGUUAGUAGCUACAGAAAAACAGUUAACGCCCCAAGUGGUUAUUUAGUGUUUACACAAUUCUUUGUAAAGGAAGAUUCGAAUAAUAUCCUUGAUAUGGAAGAAACAAGAUUAUUUACCUUCAAUUCAGCUCUAUAUGUUGGUAGUUUUACUAUUGACCCCUUUUCUUUGAAGUGUGCAUACGCAACCAAAGAUUCAAACUUCCAAACUCUAGUUAUUGAUCCAACAUCCUCUGUUACAAUUGGCUGCCUAUUCACUCACUUGUAA